AGGCAGAGGCAAGAUAAGUACUCUUCAAGAACUAUUUACAGCCGUGAUUUCAAACAAAAAAAGUCAAACAAGAACAUGACCAUGCCCUCCACUUCCAAACAAAAAGAGUCAAACAACAACAUGACCAUGCCCUCCACUUCGUCGCCGCCUGGCUCUGAGGCGCCAGCAUCGUUAUUCCCAGGCUCCAAUGCCGCACUCAUUGGCUACACUGGUCACGUCGGGAGUAAUCUUACCGACCAAUAUUCGGAUUAUCGUGGUUACUACAACAGCAAGAACAUCGACGACUUGUCGAUGGAGAAUUUUACGGGAGCACUGCAACUGCAAAGCAAUUUUCCAACUGUAAGACAAUUGGAAACCUCUAGAACAGGUAAAUGAAUGAAUGAAUGGAUAUGCCUCUUGGUGGUCUUGCCAGGUAUACCUCUUGGUCUUGCCAGGUACCUCAAUCAAUCAUCAAUCUAGAGGAGUCUUUGUCUCAUGUGAACGACCUCUUGCUAGGUGAAUGAAUGAAUGAAUGAGUCAUCCGCUAGUCAAGUGGAUGAAUCCUCGUCUGAUGAUCGUCUGAUGCCGUACACUUAUAUCCGUUAAUCAAGUGCAGCUUAGUUAACUUCUAUUCUAAGAACUACGAAACAGUUGUUUGCGCGGCUGCUACUGGUUUCAAACUGGGCGCAAACAGUCUGAAGCAAGACGUGAACGGUAACACCCCUAUGACGAGCGUGGAGGAGAGUAAAGAAAGGGAUUACGAGAAGUUGAAAGCAGAAGAUCGCGCUGCAUCGGAAGAUGGAAUUAAGGAAAUAAAGUAGGUUUGAGAAAACGGGCAUCAAGACGUUCCGCAGAUUGACCUGAGGCAAAGUGAUAAGUGAACAGGCCAACGCCUUAGCCACUGAACCAAGUGCUCAAUACACUAAUCACAUCAAAUAAGUCUAAAAAAACUUGGCGUCUCC